AUGACAGACGAACAAGAACUUCUUGAUUAUGAUGAAACAGAUGAUGCACCACAACAAACAGAAACAAAAAGUGGAACAUCACAUGGUAGUAGUGGUACAACAAAUGUACAAAAUGGUAGUACAACUGGUACACAAAGUGGACCAAUACGAGGUUCAUAUGUAUCAAUACAUGCUAGUGGUUUUAAAGAUUUUCUACUUAAACCUGAAUUACUUCGUGCUAUUAUGGAUUGUGGUUUUGAACAUCCAUCGGAAGUUCAACAUGAAUCUAUUCCACAGGCUAUUCUUGGUACAGAUAUUGUAUGUCAAGCCAAAUCGGGUAUGGGUAAAACAGCUGUUUUUGUUCUUGCAACACUUCAACAACUUGAACCUGUUGAUGGACAAGUAUCAGUAAUUGUACUUUGUCAUACACGUGAAUUAGCUUUUCAAAUAAGUCGUGAAUAUGAACGUUUUUGCAAAUAUAUGUCAUCAGUUAAAGUAGCUGUAUUUUUUGGUGGUCUACCAGCAAAACAUGAUGAAGAUAUUUUAAAAAAAAAUUGUCCACAUAUCGUUGUUGGAACACCUGGCCGUAUUUUAGCAUUAGCUAAAAGUAAAGCACUUAAUCUACGUCAAAUUAAACAUUUUAUUAUUGAUGAAUGUGAUAAAGUACUUGAAUCACUUGAUAUGCGUCGUGAUGUUCAAGAAAUAUUUAAAAUGACACCACAUGAAAAACAAGUUUUAAUGUUUAGUGCUACAUUGAAUAAAGAAAUUCGACCGGUGUGUAAGAAAUUUAUGCAAGAUCCAAUGGAAAUUUAUAUUGAUGACGAAACAAAAUUAACACUUCAUGGUCUUCGUCAACAUUAUGUUAAAUUACGAGAAAAUGAAAAAAAUCGUAAAUUAAUUGAUUUAUUGGAUAAAUUGGAAUUUAAUCAAGUAGUUAUAUUUGUUAAAUCGGUACCACGUUGUACAGCUUUAUGCAAAUUAUUAACAGAACAAAAUUUUCCUGCUGUUGAAAUUCAUCGUGGCAUGCCUCAAGAAGAACGUUUGGCACGUUAUAAAGAAUUUAAAGAAUUUCAAACACGUAUUCUUGUUGCAACUAAUUUAUUUGGACGUGGUAUGGAUAUUGAACGUGUUAAUAUUGUAUUUAAUUAUGAUAUGCCGGAAGAUACAGAUACUUAUCUUCAUCGAGUUGCUCGUGCUGGUCGUUUUGGUACAAAAGGUUUAGCAAUAACAUAUGUAGCAGAUGAAAGUGAUGCAGCAGUUCUUAAUGAAGUUCAAAAACGUUUUGAAGUUCAAAUUACUGAAAUGCCCGAUGAAAUUGAUGUAGCUACUUAUAUUGAAAAUCGUUAA